AUGUAUGAGGCAGCAGAGCACCAACUCGCUCUUGUCUCACGCAAGACCUGCCGGCUUGGCGAGGUCCUGCGGCAGCAGAUUGACGCACUGAAGGAGUUACGCUCGUUACGUCGGGCAGUAUUCGCUGAGCGCGACGAGCUUCGCCGACGACUGCAGCUUGUGGAGGAAAAAGCCAACGUCGCAGAUCGUCAGCACAGCGAGGCGGAGCUUUGUCUGCAGCACACGGCGGAGGAGUUUGCGGUGACGCAGUUGCUGCAGAAACGCUAUGCAAACACACUAGCGGAGUUGAAGGGGGGUCAACGUGUUGUGGUGCAGGUGGCUGCUCCUGCGGCCCGUGACAGUGGUCCGGCGUGGGAGGAAGCAGCGCGAGACAGUCAUCUUCAGCAGCAGGAACCUCAACGCGAGAAGGAGAAAACUAGGCAUGGGGCAAAUAUUGCAGUGACAGAUAAGUGCACAGUGGUGGAUUUGGACCGACGACGCACGUUUGUGGUGGACGCGGCGUACACAGUGACAUCGCUUAGGCGACGGAUGCAGUCGGAAGCCGCACUUGCCGGGGCUGCUGGUACGGCUUCAAAUACGGAUGACAUGAUACCGCGAACUUUUAUGCCGGAUGAGGAGUUUGCUGCUGCCAUUCGUGUAGAGCACGCCGUUGCGGAUGCUCUCUCGGGAGCGAACCUGGUUUUUCUUUCCUUUGGUCCCGCUGGGGGUGGAAAGACGGAGACUCUGUUUGGUACCAGGGCCGCCAUCUUUCAGAACGGCAUGCUACAACAACAGCGGCAGCAGCGCAGCUUUACUCGUCGUUUACGUCGUUCCGCCAGUAAUGAACGGGCUCCGUCUGCAGAUAUGUCAUUCAAAUCGCUUCGAGGUUGUGAGAAAACGGCGGGUCUCUUGUCACUGUUUGUGUGCGGCCUCUUUAACGGCCUCGUUGAACACGCCGUGACUCAUUUUAGCAUCUCCUGCAGCUUUCUGGAGCUCGCCAUGAAUCAGACAGUCGAUCUUCUUCUUCGGAAGCCGGGGCGGCCCAUGUCUGGCGGUGGCGCGAAUAACACCACGCUGGUGAAACUCACCUCCGCCACGGCGGGUGAUUCCUUUGCUGCGCCGCUGUCGUGCAGCAGCGGCACGGGUGAAGAAGUCACAGCUGUGCGUGCUGAAACUGCUGAAGACGUGAUUCGUGUGUUCUUUGAGGGACUUGAACGUUUCGGGCGCUGGCGGCGCAGCUUUUCGUCCUGGUUGCCGGCGGGCGGCGGCAGAGGCAGUAACAAUAACCCGGGUGGGCAAUGCCGCGAGGACGAUGCCGCCUUUGUGGCGCACUGUGGUGGGGUGUCGCACGCCAUCUUUUCCUUGCGCGUGGAGAGCUUCAACGAGAAGGGGCACUACCGGCGCUCGCUGGUGUCGUUUGUCGAUCUAUGCGGUCCGCCACCAGAAGGCGCAAGGCCGGCAAUGCAGCCAAUGCAGCCUGAGACGCAGUGGGUGGAGGAAUCCUUGCAGGCGGUGUGUGACGCCAUCGCCGCCACCUCCAGUGUUACGCCCGCUGCAGGCCAGAAGGCCGCUGCACGUGCUGAGGCGGCGUUUGAUCAGCUUCCUAGCUCGCAUACGAACUGCUUGGUACGUUUUUUGCGUCCUAUUUUUGGUGGCAAUGCGAAGGCGACGCUGGUGUGCUGCGUGGACGUCGAGCUGCACAGCAAAGAGGAGGUGCUGAACGCCAUCAGCUACGCCUACUUCUUUAAGCGAAUUACGCACCAAGCCAUUCCGUACGAUAUCCCUCCUGAGCUUCAGCGGCUAAAUCUGCAGAUGAGCACCUUUCUCUCAGGCGAUGGUGACGAGUGCGACGAUGACAACGAUAUCGUGACUAGUGGUAAUGUCGGCAAUGGUACAAUGCGCAGUUCCCUUGCGCCGAUAGAUGCAAGUGUGAGCGGUGAGGGGUUUUCUUGUACCUGA